AUGGAACAAAAUGAGAAAGAGCAAGCAGAGGAAAAAGAAGAAGUAAAACUUGGAAGAUUGCAAUAUAAGCUCGACUAUGAUUUUCAACAAAAUCAGUUAGCUGUGACAGUGAUACAAGCAGAAGAUUUACCAGGAAUGGAUAUGAGUGGAACAUCAGAUCCUUAUACGAAAGUACAUCGUAAAACUCUCAAUCCUGUUUUUAAUGAAACAUUUAUAUUCAAGGUACCAUUUGUUGAAAUAGCAUCAAAAACAUUGGUUUUUGCUGUUUAUGAUUUUGAUCGUUUCUCGAAACAUGAUCAAAUUGGCCAAGUGUUGAUACCACUUGGUAAAAUAGAUCUUGGCCAAGUGAUUGAGGAAUGGAAAGAUAUUGCACCACCACCUGAUGAUAAAGAAGCAGAUAAAAGUUUGGGCGAUAUUUGCUUUUCGUUGAGGUAUGUACCAACAGCUGGUAAACUUACAGUUGUUAUCUUGGAAGCAAAGAAUUUGAAAAAAAUGGAUGUUGGUGGAUUAUCAGAUCCAUAUGUGAAAAUAGUAUUGCUACAAGGUGGAAAAAGAUUGAAAAAGAAGAAAACAAGCAUUAAAAAAUGUACACUAAAUCCUUACUACAAUGAAUCAUUCUCAUUUGAAGUACCAUUCGAGCAAAUUCAGAAGGUAUCAUUAAUGAUAACUGUGAUGGAUUAUGAUAAGCUUGGCUCUAAUGAUGCAAUUGGCCGAUGUAUACUAGGCUGUUCAGCAACAGGUGCCGAAUUACGACAUUGGAUGGAUAUGUUAGCCAGUCCACGUAGACCUAUUGCUCAAUGGCAUACUUUAGGACCUGUAGAAGAGCCUGAAAAAUCUUAA